AAUGUUCUUCGUCGCCGAGGAUGUCUUUGGAGGCGAGAACACCGGGCGGCCACUGGAGCUGACGUGCUAUCGGAGGAACCUAUGGCAGUGCUCCGGCCAGAUCACGCUGCCUCGACACAUCAGCCAUAUCAUUGACGAACAGGGCCAGCAGCUUCCCGUGUUCGAGCUGGCAGCUUCCAUUUCUGCUGUCGAGUCGAUCGAGGGCAAGCCUACCGAAAUCAUAUCAAUACCCUGGAAGUCAUCCAACGGCGAAGACACCAAGUCACCGGCUGCGCCACCAAACAUUCCCCUCGAUCUGUCGGCCGGACAAGAAUUGGACCAUAACCGGAUCGCCCUGCCAGUCUCCUGGAAGAGGCUCCAGUUCAAGCACGCGACCGCGAACAACGGCCGCAGGAAAGGGCUCCAGCAGCACUACGUCGUGCAGAUCAACCUGCUCAGCAAGCUGAAGAACGGCCAGUUCAUCAAGAUCGCCGAGAUACAGUCUGGGCCCGUCAUCGUCCGAGGCCGAAGCCCCAGGAACUUUGACAGUCGUAAGGAUGUUCCUCUGUCGGGCGAGAAGAAGACAACAGAGAAGCGGGCGUCUGGAUCCACGGCGGAUGCUGCGACACCUGUUCCCAAGACGGAGAAGGGCACCGAAGCUGGGGAGAACAUGCAAAGAUACCACUCGCUAGGUAGUAUACAGCAGCAGCAACAACAACCAGGCGACUGGGCUCCCACUCCAUC